AGUCAAACCAAGCCUCUUAGUUGCUGGGCUGGAAAAGGACGAGGCGGAGACACGGAGUGUGCAGUUGGGCUUUGUGGCGCCAGGCGGAAGGAUGCCGGGGAAAUUUGUUCGCAGCUUAGGAAAAGGAAGUCCUGCUCCAGGGCCUGUGCCUGACGGAGUGAUCCGGCUCUACAGUAUGCAUUACUGUCCAUUUGCACAGAGAACACGGCUAGUCCUAAAAGCCAAAGGCAUCAACCAUGAAAUUGUCAAUAUCAACUUGAAAAACAAGCCAGAUUGGUUUUUUGAGAAAAAUCCCUCUGGAUUAGUACCUGUGCUGGAGACAAGUAAGGGACAGCUGAUCUAUGAGUCACCAAUCACUUGUGAAUAUUUAGAUGAAGCGUACCCAGAGAAGAAGCUAUACCCUACAGACCCUUAUGAGAAAGCAUAUCAGAAGAUGCUGUUGGAACAUUUUUCAAAGAUACCUUCUCUGAGCUUCAAGUGCCUUAUGGCUAUUAGGAGUGGAGAAGAUGUGUCUGCUCUGAAGAACGAAUAUUGUGCCAUCCUUCUCAAACUUGAAGAGAUGCUAGCCAACGGCAAGAGUAAGUUCUUUGGUGGCAACUCUGUGUCCAUGAUUGACUACCUGAUCUGGCCGUGGUUUGAGCGCAUGGAGAUCUUCCAGACACUUGACUGUCUGGAACACACUCCAGCCAUAAAGCGCUGGGUUGAAGACAUGAAGAGGGAUCCAGCUGUUCAGGCUACAAUCACAGACUCUCAGACGUUCAAAGGCUACCUUGAGUUGUAUCUGAAGAACAGCCAUGAGGCCUGUGACUACGGACUCUAAUGGCUGGGGAAAGCUUUCCCAGUAAGGAGCCAAGCAUGCUGUGUUGUUCUCUUGCUAUGUUGUGUAUACCUGGUAUUUCAGGGUGCAUUGCUCACCUUUAAUAUGAUUGCGUGUUCUGGUAUGCAGUGGAAGGAAGGCUGUGCUGAAAUGACAAAAUUGUCUACCAUUUGAGCAGGAGGCUUUCCUGCUCAAAUAGCAGACGCAUAAAAUUGUGGAGGAAAGAAAGUGUGCAAGCUUUUUUGUUCCCCAGCAAAAUUGUAAUGGUGCAUCUCUUCUGUAUUACUUAUGGCUUUGGGGUUGACAUCUGUGUGGCUACGGUUACUGUUUUGGGACUACUGGGUAUCACUCAAGAAUAAACAUACUUUAAAUACA